GCUUCUCUUAUUGACCACAACCGCAGUCCGGCGGGGGGCAGCGAACGCAGUGGCUUGCCAGGAGUGGACGCCCAAAGACUGGGCCUUGGAUCAGCCGUUUCCGCGGCGGCCAAGUAGCAGCACGGAGAGCUGAUUGGUCAAAAGAAUGGAUUUUACAGAGGCAUAUGCUGAUACAUGCUCCACGGUUGGACUUGCUGCCAGAGAAGGCAAUGUUAAAGUAUUAAGAAAACUGCUCAAAAAGGGGCGUAGCAUUGAUGUUGCUGAUAACAGGGGAUGGAUGCCAAUUCACGAAGCUGCUUAUCACAACUCUGUAGAAUGUUUGCGGAUGUUAAUUCGUGCAGAUUCAUCUGAAAACUACAUCAAGACAAAGACAUUUGAGGGCUUCUAUGCGUUACAUCUUGCUGCAAGUCAGGGACAUUGGAAGAUCAUACAGAUUCUUUUAGAAGCUGGGGCAGAUCCGAAUGCAACUACUUUAGAGGAGACCACACCACUGUUUUUAGCUGUUGAAAAUGGACAGAUAGAUGUGUUAAGGCUGCUGCUUCGAUACGGAGCAAAUGUUAAUGGAUCCCACUCUAUGUGUGGAUGGAACGCCUUGCACCAGGCUACUUUUCAGGAAAAUGCUGAGAUCAUAAAAUUGCUUCUUAAAAAAGGAGCAAACAAGGAAUGCCAGGAUGACUUUGGAAUCACACCUUUAUUUGUGGCUGCUCAGUAUGGCAAGCUGGAAAGCUUGAGCAUACUUAUAUCAUCGGGUGCAAAUGUCAAUUGUCAAGCCUUGGACAAAGCUACUCCCUUGUUCAUUGCUGCUCAAGAGGGCCACACAGAAUGUGUGGAGCUUUUGCUCUCCAGUGGGGCAGAUCCUGAUCUUUACUGUAAUGAGGACAAUUGGCAGCUACCUAUACAUGCAGCUGCACAGAUGGGCCAUACAAAAAUCUUGGACUUGUUAAUACCACUCACCAACCAGGUUUGUGACACUGGGCCAAACAAAGUGAGUCCUGUGUACUCAGCAGUGUUUGGAGGGCACGAGGAGUGCCUGGAAAUGUUGCUCCAGUCUGGCUACAGCCCAGAUGCCCAGAUGUGCCUCGUUUUUGGAUUCAGUUCUCCCUUGUGUAUGGCUUUCCAAAAGGACUGUGACUUCUUUGGAAUUGUAAAUAUUCUUUUGAAAUAUGGAGCUCAGCUGAAUGAACUUCAUUUGGCAUACUGCCUGAAGUAUGAGAGGUUUUCAGUAUUUCGCUACUUUUUGAAGAAAUGUUGCCCAUCGACACCAUGGGACCAUAUGUCUGAAUUUAUAAACCAUGCAGUUAAAGCACAGACGAACUACAAAGAGUGGUUGCCAUCUCUGCUGCUUGCUGGAUUUGACCCACUGAACCUACUGUGCAGUUCCUGGAUUGACUCAGUCAGUGAUGACAUUCUUAUCUUCACUUUGGAGUUUACUAAUUGGAGGAGACUUCCUCCAGCUGUUGAAAAGAUGCUCUCUGCUCGUGCCUCAAACUCCUCUUGGGCUCUCCAGCAACGUAUUGCCUCUGUUCCAUCCCUGACCCACCUUUGUCGUUUGGAAAUUUGGUCCCGUCUAAAACUAGAACACCUACAGUCUGAUGGUUUUAUCCGUCAGUUGCCUCUUCCCAGAAUCCUACAUGAUUAUUUGCUCUAUGCAGAGGUUUUGAGGAUGAAUGAGGUUCCAGAACUGGAAGUUAUUCAAGAUGGAGAAAUCAGUGAAACCUCUUAACACAGUAUUUGUCUUACUCUGAAAACCACCAAGAUAAGGAGCCAUGGAGUACAAGUUCUUCACAAUUUUAUUGUCACAAAAGAUGAUUUUUGUUUGUGUCGUUGGUUAGGCUUUAGAGGGCGGUGGUUUAAUGGAAAUGUUUACAACUAGGCUACCUGGUAAAAAAAAGUGUUGUAAACAUCAUGUAAGUUACUUUAUUGCAGUUUUAUCAUCAGUACACUUUAUGUUGUAAUAUUCAUUUACCUAACCAUUUUCUGCUUUAUUCUGUGAAUGAACUGUGAAUGCUGCUUCUAGUGCUAAACAUGGCCUGUUUCCACCUAUGAUUCUGUGUUUACUUAGGGCUAGAGCUUAGAAGAAAAGGCAUAAGUCUUCACUGGAAAUAUACACACAGUGAAGUUGAGUAUCUCUUAUGUUUAUAAAAGAACUGUAUUCUGUUCUCAUCUCUUAAUUCAUUUGAAAUUCAUUGGCUUUUC